AUCGUGCUGAGCACAACUGAUCGAGAGCUCUUCAACCUUCAAGUCCAAGUUCUCUCUGGCUCGUGUGUGUGUGUCUCUGGCUUCUGCCGGCCAUCUUUUAGUUCUGCAGGCAGGCAACCAGGGAGAGUGGGUGUUGCCACCGGCUCCUCAGCUCACAGUGAUAAGGUUGUAGCUAGCUCGCAGUUAUGGAGCUGCGCAGCGGCACGGUGGUUGCGCCACCCACUCCUGCAGAGCAGGACGCCUGGUUCCGGGAGGGCGUUCGCUUGUGCAUGGGUACUUGGACGGCAUUGCAGCUGGCAGUGGAGAACGAGUGGGGGGGCCCAAGAAGCCGGGAGAGGCUGAAGCAACUAGAGGGGGAUGUCGUGAACUGGUUCUAUCGGGGCAAGCCUCCAUUCUACUCUGAUGACUUGGAGCCUAUGCUGGAUGAUGCCUUGGUCCAAGGCUUCAACACGGAGGCAGAGGAUGGGAGCAUACUGGAGGUCGCCGAGCUGCUGGUGGGUGUGUACACCGGUUGUGCGCAAGGCAACUACAAUGAGGUGCGUCGGCUCCAGGCGACUGCCGCAAAGGGGAGGGGGGCGCUGGCGCAGAGCAGCCAGCUCGACUUAGCAGAGCCCUUAGAACCGGCAGAGGGCGUCGACGGGAUGGAAGACGCAGGUCCGUCCGAACAGCACCAAGAGCGGUCUGGAACUAGUAGCGCGAUGUCAGCAGACGGGAUGGAGGUAGAAGCGCCAGUGGACAGUCGGCCACCAGCGGAGCCGCUCCCGAAAUUGAGCGAAGAAGAAGUUGCGGAGGGGUGGGAGAUGGCCCCAACGAGAUCUCGACGAAGAGGGGCGUCAACGAGGACGUCGUAAAUUUGUCACAGAAGAUCUGUGUAUAUGAUGUGCCGCAGCCAUCAAAGAGUUAAAGGUUCCGGUUUCAACUGAAGCAUCGAUGUUAACAAACAUUGAUUAUACCAUGGUAUAUACUUGAAGUUCGAC